AUGGUGGUGGUCACCCGGAGCAUGGCGGCGCGGCGGGCGUCGCUGGCGAACGCGCUCCCGCACGACAUGGCGGUCGAGAUCGCGGGGCAAGUCGCGGCGACCUCGCCCCGGCCCGUCAAAGACCUCCGCAGCCUGCGCGCCAGCUGCCGGGCCAUGCGCGCGGCGUGCGGCGACCGCGCCGUCGGGAGGCGCGUCGCGCUCGAGCGGGAGGCCUCGAUGCUGUGGUCCGACAGCGAGCGCUACCUCGCCGUCGUCGGCAGCCUAUCCGGUGCGGGCAACCCGGAGGCCUGCUUCCUGUCGGGGGUCGCGCUCGCAUUCGCGCACCGGUGCGCGCGCCCGGGCGUCGAGCUGCUCGAACGGGCCGCCGCCGAGGGGCACAAGGUGGCGGCCUACGUGCUCGCCCUCGUCCUCUACAAGACCGCCGGCGCCAGCGACGUCGCGAGGCGGCACAUUAGGGAGGUCGAGGGUGAGGUGGCUGCGGCUAGCGGCAGCCACAACAAGAAGGCCGCCACGAGGAGCAACCAGGAGUGCGUGCGGUGCCGCGCGCAGGCCAUGGAGGCAAUCCAGCAGGCGACGUGGAAGAUGGCCAAGCUGUCGGACCCGGUGCCGGCGGUGGCGGCACCGCCGAAGGACGACGGCAGCCAUCGAUGCACGGCCAGCGGCUGUGGCGUGCGGGAAGCGUGGUGCGACCGGUGCAUGUUUUGCAGCGAGGACUGCAGGAUCAGGUACGAGUGCGCUACGUUCUUCUCGCAGCUGCCACUGACCGUCGCAAACUUCGUGACAUAG